AUGCUUUCCGCCGGCUUCCUGCUGCUGCGCGGCGUCACCUACCGUUCUGCCUGCCGGAUGGCGGCGCUGGCUGCCUUCACCUACGCGGUCACGGUGGCCGCGCGGCCGUUCUCUUUGGAGUCGGUACUCGGCAAUGCCGUGGCGCAGAGCGGCAACGUUACCCCCUGGCUGCUGGUCCUGGCGGUGCUGGCGCUGCCGCAGAGUCGUUUGUCUCGGCGCCUGCGGGUCGCCACCGUCGCGUGA